UUUUUACUCAAUUUCUCUCUCCUCCAAGCGUAUACGUGAGUGUACAGCUGUCUGGAUUACUCUUUUUCUCUCUCUAAAACCUUUCACAUUCUGUUCAUCUUCUACUAGCUACUCACAAACCAGAGUACACUACUAUUUUUAACCAAAUUGCUCAUUGCUGCUUAAGGCUAACUUUUUUCUCCGCCGUAAUUUAUUAACUUUUCUACAAUUUAAUAUCAAUUUCCAUAUUUGCCGCCAUUGCAUUAAUCUCUAAACCUCAAUUAGGGUUUACGUUCAAUGAAUAAAAUACUGCUGCUGGGUCUCACUUUUGUUUGCAGCGUUUUGGAGUUACCUGCAUUGUACGCUGUUUUUACUUUUAUUCCCCAUCUCCUUUAGAAUUUUAUCCCUCUUCUAUUAUUACUCCCAUUGCCAUUUCCAUUACCAUUUGGGUCUCUUUAAUCUCAGGUCAUUGAAAUGGUUAGUAGUUAUCCUUUGGAGAUCUUACCAACAAAUUAUUUGAGAAUCUGACAAGUUGUUGUGAGUUUAUAUACCUUUCUGCAUCAAUGGGGCUUCUUCUUCGAAGUCUCAUGAUGCUUUUAUUGUUAUGGUUGGCUUGGCUAUCGAUUAUUGCGGCGCAGAAAUCUACGCAAUCUGCUCGUGUUCUGGAUGCAAUUCUCCAAGAUUAUGCUUAUAGGGCAUUCAUUCGUCCGAGGACUGGUAUUGUAUAUGAUGGGUCAGUACCUUCCAACAUGACAGGGAUCAAGGUUUCGGGUAUAAGGCUGAGGAGUGGUAGCUUGAGAACUAGGGGUGUUCAAUCGUACAAAGAGUUUGAGAUUCCUAAAGGUGUUAUUGUUCGGCCAUAUGUAGAGAGGCUUGUUUUGGUUUAUCAGAAUCUGGGAAACUGGUCUAAUCUGUAUUACCCUUUGCCUGGGCACACCUAUUUAUCUCCUAUUCUUGGAUUGCUUGCUUAUGAUGCUGUGAACUUAUUAGCUACCAAUUUAUCUAAUUUGGAUAUCAGGGCGUCAACAAAUCCCAUUAAAAUUCACUUCUCAAAUGUUAAAUCCGUGCCACAUGGGUCUGUCGCAAUGUGUGCUUGGUUUGAUCUUAGUGGUAAUGUCAAUUUCAGCAAUGAGGUAUCAAAGCAUACUUGUUCAACCUCCCAACAGGGGCAUUUUGCCUUGGUGGUUGGGAGUCUUGCUCCUUCCCCUGCUCCUUCAGAACCUACACCAUCCCCAGGCUCUCAUAAGAAAAAGAAAAAUAUGAAGAAGGUCUGGAUAAUUGUAGGAUCAGUGUUGGGUGGAGUCUUGCUGUUGGUGUUAUUGGCAAUGUUGCUGGCAUCGUUGAGAAAAUGCCAGCAGAAGAAGAAAAUGGAAAAUAUGGAGAAGGCCUCAGAGAUUGGUGAAACCUUUAGAAUGACGACAGUAGGCAGUGCUAAAGCACCUGCAGCUAUGGUAACAAGGACAAAACCGACUCUUGAGGCUGAAAAUGCACCGUAAACCUUUCCUUGUGCACUUCUACAAGCUCCCCCUCCUGCCAUUCACAUACAUUUUCCAAUUCCUGCAUUCACAUUCUUCUGAUUCCACACUCUUUUUGGUUGGUGAUUCUUCCUCCUUGUUGGGCAGGUUUCUCAUUUUAGUGUGAACAAUACAGAAAUUACUGGUGUAGAUAGUAUUUUAUUUAGAUUGCUAGGCUUCCCCAUAGUCUCUUCAUUUGUUUGUGGUGUGCAUUCAGGGUAAAAAGAUUCUGUAUGAGACUGAAUUCGGUAUUUAACCGUUAAAGAAUAAUAUUCUUUGGUAUUCUUUUA